AUGAAGGCCCUGGAAGACAGCCAGGCCCUCCUGAAGGAGCUGGCGUACCCCAUCGACGUGAACAAUCCUGAAGAGAUGCGCGGCAUAGUGAAGGGGGCGAUUGACACCAAGUUCUCCAGCAGGUGGGGCAGCCUCAUCUCCGACUUGGCUCUGAAGGCCGUGCAGACCGUCUGCAUCACGAAGGCGGACGGGACGAAGGACAUCGACGUCAAGCGGUAUGCCAAGGUGGAGAAACUCUCCGGGGGCGAACUCACCGACUGCGAGGUGCUCGAUGGCGUGAUGGUCAACAAGGACAUAACCCACCCCCGGAUGCGCCGCGAGAUCAAGAAUCCGCGCGUCUGCCUGCUCGACUGCCCCCUGGAAUACAAGAAGGGCGAGAGCCAGACCAACGUGGAGAUCACCAAGGAGGCCGACUGGGAGAAACUGCUGAUGCAGGAGGAAGAGGAGAUCCGGAAGAUGUGCGAGGACGUUGUCAAGAUCAAGCCUGACGUCGUCAUUACCGAAAAGGGGGUUUCCGAUCUGGCGCAGCAUUUCUUGCUGAAGGCAAACAUUUCGGUCAUCAGGCGUGUUCGCAAGACCGACAACAACCGCAUCGCCCGCGUCACGGGCGCUUCCAUCUGCAAUCGGACCGAGGAGUUGACAGAACAUUCCAUUGGCACGGGAGCUGGCCUCUUCAAGAUCAAGCAGAUUGGAGACGAGUACUUCACCUUCAUUACUGAGUGUAAGGAGCCCAAGGCCUGCUCGGUGAUCUUGCGGGGCGCCUCGCGUGACGUGCUGAACGAGAUGGAGCGGAACCUGCACGACGCCUUCAACGUCGCCAGGAACAUCAUCCUGGAGCCCAGGCUACUGCCUGGGGGCGGCGCCGUGGAGAUGGAGCUCGCCGCCCGCAUGAAGGAGAAGGCCAAACUGAUCGAGGGCACGCGCCAGUACGCAUACCGCGCUGUGGCGGACGCACUGGAGGUGAUACCUCGGAGCCUCGCCCACAACUGCGGCGCUGACGUGGUGCGCGUGAUGACGGACCUGCGCGCGCGCCACGCCGUCGCUGGUGGCGCGCACUGGGGCAUCGACGGCCAGAAGGGCGUCGUGACCGACGUAAAGGCGCUGGGCGUCAUGGACACUUUCGCAGUGAAGCAGCAGACUCUGAGGACCGCCAUCGAGGCCGCGGCGAUGCUCCUGCGCAUCGACGACAUCAUCUCGGGCAUCAGCAAGAAGAAGGGUGGCGGCGGCGGCGGCGGCGGCAUGCCUGGCAUGGACGACGGUGAGACAUUCGGUGAUGCCCGCGACGGCUAA